AUCUGAAACGCGAAUCUAACUCAAUAAUACAAAGAAACGAAAAUGUGGAGUUGGGUCGGUGUCCUGUUUUGCGUCAUGUAACUAGCACGUACAUAUGAUGUGAGCAACGCGCGGUGAUUUAUCACCGUUCGCGACCAGUCGUCAAUUUCAUAAAUUUUCGAUAAGAUCUUUAAUCUACCAAGGUCCGCGCGGAGCGUUCAUAUAAAAAGCAGCAAACGCUGAAAAUACCGUUUCGUCGAAGUAAUGCCGAUGUAAUUAGCGCGCAAACGGUAAUUGCUACCUCGUAGCAAGGAGAGAGAGAGAGGAAGAGAAAAAAAGAAAGAAGAGCGUAAAGUGUAGCAAAAAACGAGAGUGCAAGGGAAUCGCUUCCUUCGACCGAGGGGUGGUUUCAGUUUCGUUGUUCUCGCUCGCACGUGAGCGCAAACGGAAGGAUGCCGAGUAAAAGGGGUCUCACGCUUGCCGAAUCGCGAACAGAUCCAACAGUACCAAAUGAAUGUCUUCACUGUGUCUCUCCGCUCUCCUGUGCCCAAUCUGCGUAUUACGCCGGCCCUUUUUCUCUUCCCUGGCUGCCCUUUCCGCGUGACGGUCCGUUUACAACAAUCCUGCGAAUCCGACCGCAAUUUUUGCCGCUCAUCACACAGCGGCGCCCAAAGUUCUCUUCGCUGGCUCUCAUUCAACACAAACGCAGUUCCGAUGAAAAACAUCUCGUGUUACCUAAUUUAUUUCAACGCCACAGAGUUAUCGGUGAGCGCGUCCAAUCAGCAACAAUCAGACGUGUUCGUGGAACCGCUGUCGGACGGCAAGAUCACCGAGAUAAAAAACUGCAAAGAUCGGCCGCACAUUUGCGGAAAGGAGGCGGCGUGCCGCAGCUUUGAGGACAACUCGUCCAAGUGCGUCUGUCCGCACGAUUUGUCAUCACCCACACGGGACUUACGAUGUCCGAAUCGUCUAACCGUUCCCCUGACACCUCGACCAAUACACAACAUUAUACCCCCAUCUUCGAGCGCCAGCAACAGUACAAACAGUACGAGCGGGUUUCCGAAUGCUGAGCAGGUAGAAGAGCAGAUCUAUAGAGUACCUGAAAUAAUAGGAGUAUCUAUCGCAUUCUUCGUCGUAGUAGUAUGUUUAUUGGGGAUUCUGUAUGGCGUGAGAAGACGGAGUUACAGCAUCAAGUCGCAAAGAAGCUCGCUCUAUGCGACUCCAAUAAAUCUAAAGAAAGGAUUGUUGUUGGCGCACAAAUACACGCCCAAUCCUCAAUACUUCACCUGCGCCUCUCCGGAAGUUCCGAUCAUAGAACGCGAGAGCCUUGUAUUUCUUCACGACAUCGGCGAGGGAUGUUUCGGAAAGGUUUACAAAGGUGAGUUGCACAACGGCGACACGAAGGAAAUCGUCGCUAUCAAAGUUCUAAAGGACAGCGCUACGCGCGAGACCGAGGAGGACUUCAUGCGAGAGGUCGAUAUAAUGUCCACGUUCGGUCACACGAACAUUCUGUCUCUGAGGGGGAUGGUGCUGCGGGACGCGACGAACAAUCCGUGGAUGGUGUUCGAGUACAUGCCGUACGGCGAUCUCGCCGAGGUGCUCCGAGCAAACUAUCCGCAGUUCAGACCGUCCAAACCCGGAUUACAGCCAUUAACAAAGGAAUCGCUGCAUUCGAUCUCGAUUCAAAUUGCGGCCGGUAUGACUUAUCUUUCGGCGCAACGUUUUGUGCAUCGCGAUUUGGCGUGUCGGAACUGCUUGGUCGGCACGGGCCUGGUGGUGAAAAUCGCAGACUUCGGGAUGUCACGCGACGUCUACACCUGCGAUUACUAUAAGAUUGGAGGUUCGAGACUGCUUCCGCUCCGCUGGAUGUCGCCGGAAAGCAUAAUGUACGGUCGAUUCACGUUGGAGACGGACGUCUGGAGCUACGGCAUCGUUCUGUACGAGGUGUUCUCUUACGGAAAGCAGCCUUAUUACGGACACAGCAACGAGGAGGUGGUGAAACUCAUCCUCGAAGGCAUCAUGCUCACGCCACCGGACGAGUGUCCGGAUGUUGUUUGCGAGAUAAUGCGGGAAUGCUGGAAGAUCGAGCCGCGGGAGCGAAUCAAAUUUCCCGACAUUCUCGACAGACUGAAGCGGACGCAGAGUAAACUGUUCCAGCAAGGAACGUUACCCAGACCGCCGCAGGGCCCGGUGACAGUGCGCACCCCGGAUAACGUGGACCCUGACGGUUAUCUGCUCCCGGCGCCCGUACCACCUCGCGAGUAUUUGCAAGCCCUUCCGAAUCUGCCCGUCUGAUAUUAUCUAUAUUUGUGAGAGACUAUCGUGUACACGUGAUGUAUCAUUGUAAAGACUUUUCUAUUAUAUUUCCUCGUCGCAGCCAUAUUGGACCGUCACUUCGGUCAAACAAGAGAUCACGUUGAGUUUUUUUUAUUAACGUCUUCAACGUCAUUGCUUGUCUUUUUUAUAUAUAUACAUAAUUAAAUUAUUUUGUGUUCACACGUCCCAACACUUGACAUAUUUAGCUCCGCAAAAUCGGUGUGAAGUAUAAACAAAUUGCACUUCAGAGAAGUGAAUAAAAAGUAUUCUCGAUAUAGUUUAUAUACAUAUAGAAAGAUAUAUAUAUAUAUGUAGUUUACUAUUAAGUUACUGUUGAAACUUACUGUUUUUAUAAUACAAC